ACGUACUCCGGCAUUUACCGUCGCGCGACUCCGACCGCCGCGCGUAACCUCUGAUGAAUAUCGCGAGUGCUUCAGUGGAUAAGUGAAGUUUGGAAACUCGAAAAUGGGUGGACUCAAAGUGUUGUUGAUAGUGCUGUACUUGAGCUUCGUUGUGGCAGAAACGAAGCCGAGCCUUGCCGAGAAGCUGAGAGAGGACGCCGAUCUCUCACAGUUCCUGGCGCUACUGGAAAGGAAUGCAGUCGCCAACACCACGCUGCAGCAUCGACAGACGACGCUGUUCGCGCCCACCAACCAAGCCUUCCAGAGGUACAACGGAGAGAUGGACGAUUCACUAGUACUCUUUCACAUAUCGAACUUGGCGGUGACUCUCACGAACUUGGACUAUUCAAUAUCGUCGGAGCUCGACGGGAACCCGCCGCUGUGGAUAACCCGGCGCCGGGACACAAUGCACGACGACAUUUACGUGAACAAUGCGAAAAUCGACAUCUCGAGGUCAUACCAGGCCACCAGAAAUGGCAAACUACAGGUUCUCCACGUGAUAGACCAAGUGCUGCAGCCACUCCUGCCUCUAAGCCAGAGCUCCGGCGGCUCGCCCAUAUACAACCCCAACGCGUACCAAUUCCUCGAACACUCGGACGAAUUCAACGUGGGACCGCAUCGAUUGAGGUCGUUUCGCCAGAAAGUGAACCAGUUACAGAAGAAAGAAGUUUUCAACGCGGAUGGUCGGCACACAUUCUUUAUUCCAGUCGACGAAGGCUUUAAGCCGACAACCCGAUCAGAUCUGAUAGACGCGAAGGUGGUAGACGGCCACGUCAUACCACAACACGUGUUGUUCACCCAAGCGACGCCGGACAACAAGGAGUUCAAGAGCUUGGCCUUCACUGACAACGUCAAAGUCAUCAUCUCCUUCACCACUACCAUGAAUGGCAAGGAAGAAAUCACUUUUGUGAACUCAAACACCGUGGCGGGCGACGCGAAGCACAGUCGAGGAGUGGUGUUAGCUGACAUCGUACGAGCGAACAUACCAGUCAAGAAUGGUGUCGUCCACCUGAUCCAGAGGCCCUUGAUGGUUGUGGACACCACUGUCAUUGACUUCCUGAAGGAAAAAGAAGAUGGCCCCCUGUGCAAAUUCUACGAAGUGAUCAUGGACCUCGGCGAGCACAAUCCGUUCCUUAAUGAGCUUACCAUGGCGAAGGACAUCACACUGUUUGCGCCUUCCAAUGAGGCGUGGAACGAAAUUAGUGUACAGAACAUUAUAAGGAAUCACCACAAACUACUGGAUAUUUUGAACUUGCAUUUGGUACGGGAGAGACUACCUUUGGACGCUAUCAUUCACAAUAAUAUGAACCAGCAUCCUGGCACAAUAUAUCAAGCACCGACGGCACUUCCACGAAGGUAUUUGUACUUCAACGUCAUAAACCACCACAACAACAUGACGCUGACGGUGGAGGGGGGCGGCGUCAACGCGACUGUGACGCAGACCAACAUAGCGGCGACCAACGGCUUCGUCCACAUCAUUGACAGAGUACUCGGCGUGCCCUAUACUACGGUAUACGAGAAGAUGAAGACAGACCCUAUGCUCAACAUCACAUACAAUCUCGGCAAGCGACAGAUGUUCAACCACCAACUGAACGAGAUGGAACAUCGGUACACGUAUUUUGUGCCGCGCGAUCACGCCUGGCUCAAAUUCCAAAUAAAGCAUCCCUCGGCGUAUAACGCGCUCUUCAGGGAGGAUUUCGGGUAUUACACAAAACAAAUUCUGGAGCGGCACAUGAUUCGGGCAGACCGUUCCUACACCGUUUCGGAUCUGAAACAGUUAGCCAACGAAACGCAUCCAUUCGUCCUGCCCACUUCACGGGACCCUCUGCGGUUACGCGUCAAAGAAUCAGAUAAAAAUUAUUACGUCGAGUGGAACGGCCGUUGGAUCCACGUGUUCAGGCCAGACGUCGAAUGCACUAACGGCAUUAUUCACGUCAUAGAUGAGCCUUUCGUACUUGAGAGCGACAUCAGAGCCACUGGAGCCAGCGACAAGACACGCGUAGCUUAUCCUUUGAGCCUUCUGUUCAUUUCCUUUGUAUUUGCUAGGAUUUUGGAAUACUAAGUGGUUUGUAUACUUAAAACGAUAUAGUGAUCGAACUUACUAAAAGCUGGAAUGCUUUCUGAAACAAUAUGUUAUUUAUAAUCUCAUGUGUGCAAAAUGAUAUAUAAAUCCAUAAAUUAAUGGGAAAAUAGUAGCAACAAACGUAUUUUUUAAAGUUUGUUGAAUUUACAAUCUAACAAAUUUUAUAAAGAAAAUGUUUUGUCCAUUACAGCUAAUUGUAACCGUAAUAGAAUCGUAUCAGUCUCAAUUUCAAUUAAGUAGGUACUGAAAACAAUACUUAAGAUGUUUAGAUAGUUACCAAUUUAGGUAUAAAUAUUUGUAAUGAAUGUGCGUUUGAAAUAUAUCAUAUAAUCAUAUAAAACUGCUUAAAAAAGAAAAGUUCUCUACGAGCAUGAUAUUUCUAGCUAUUUUAGAAUCUCUAUGAAAAUACGAAACAGAAUGCUUGACACUGCCAACAAUUGUAAGCGUUUUGAAUUUGAUGAAGGCAUUUUAAACCGACUUCCAAAAUGCAGAUGGUUCUUUAUUCGACUGUAUGUAUGUUUUUUUAUGUGAAAAUUAUUUUAUGCAAGAAUACAAUUGAUUUCUUUUUAUUAUUAGAAAUGUUGAUUAAUUACAUUUCCGAGUUCGUUUGUUUUAUUUCUCAAGGGCUUGCCGAACUGAAAAUGUUCGUCUUCAUUUGGAAAUUGAAAUUUGAAAAAGUUUCGGAUAUUCGGUUACGUUCCAUUACCAAAAAUCAUCUCGGGGGACAUCUCGGUGAUGUGACGAAAUAGAGUGAAUAAAUUACUUGCGGCAUUGACGUUGACUGGAUCAUAAUUAUCGCCUCCAGAAUGACCCUCUAAGCCGAGGACCGAGUCUCAUAGGAGACGCCCUUAGAGAAUCGUUCCGUCCUCUAUCUUUAUUUCAGCCUUCGGGUCUCAUCAGGCGAUGCUUCUGCGCUCGCCCAAACCCCCCAGUGUCACUGUAGUGGUCCCACAUGGAGCCAUCGGCACUUACUCAACACGAAAAAAAAAAUAUUAUCAUAAUCCAGUCAACAAAUUCUUUCGAAUAAUUAUAAUAAUAGUUAUAGAUUCAUUUAUUUUAAAACAACAUAAAACGUAACGUGUAGGAAGUAAACUUGUAAUGAAACUAUCAGUUUUCUUUUAGUAAGAAAAUUAUGAUGAGUUUCAAAUAUCCAAGGUUCAAAAAUUUCAAAUACGCGUUUCGUGAGGGAAACAUUUUGUCACUUUACAGAGGGAUAUGCAUAACACUGAAGUAAUACUUAAUACACCAUUUGUGCCAAGCAUUCGAAGUAGAAUAUCAUAAAUGACGUGGCAUAAAAUAAUCAACUCAUUCGAAAUAGAAUUUCUAAAUUACUUGAGAAUUAUUUAUAGUUCUCGUACUUGCUAUGCAUUUUAAACCAGUAAACGGUAAAUAAAAAUCUAAUAAAUAUAACUUCGAAACAGAAAUCACGUCCGUAGCGAAAGUUGUCAGAAUUUAUUCGUAUUUGAAGGAAUGUACGGUUAUCGUCGAUUGAACCUGAAGCCGAUAUUCAUGCAAUAAGUGGCAGAACAAGCCGCGUCUUCAAACUUUGAACACCUGGCCUUUUCAAAAGGUUGAGCUUUUAUGCUUUCUUUGAAGUUUGAAAUCUGUCUGACGUAAACUUCUUAGUAGCUUAUAAAUUGUAUAAAAUCGGUACGAUUUACUUCUAACCUUUCGACGGCCUCCGUGGCGCAGUGGUUUGCGUGGUCGAUUUAUAAGACGCAGGUCCUGGGUUCGAUCCCUGGCUGAGCCUAUUGAGGUUUUCAUACGAGUAUUUGGUCCAGGUCUGGCUGUUGGAGGUUGUUAGUAAGGUCUUAGGUAAAUCUUAGAUUGCAUCCUCACUUACCAUUAGGUGACACUGUAGUUAAGGGCUAAGUUGUCAUUAAUAAAAAACCUUUAAUGACUAUUUAGUAUGAACGCGUUUUUAAUGAUGGAUUUAUUUUGAUACUAACUUAAGUACACAGAUUUAUUUGCUAUAGCAAUAUGCAUUAUAUAUUUGAUUCAAUGUCAUGUAAAGAUCUUUAUAAAUAAAAUUAAAGUAAUUUUGUCCGCUUUGACAGUAUAUACAAGAUAAUUAUAUCUUUGGUUCUAUGAAAUACUAAAAUAAUAUAUAACAUAUAAUAUUAGGUAUAUAGCUAUAAAUUAUUUAAUUUGAAUUAAAAUAUAUUUUUCAUAUUAAUUUAUAUUUUCCCCUACCUGUUUGUAGUGCCUUGUUUUUAAGAAAAUCAAAAUUGAAUUUUAAACCUAUUAAAUGAUAAUUUUACAUUCCAAUUGUAAAUCUAAAUCUACCUAGAUAAUAUCUUCAUAAUGUUGCAUUUUCUCCAAAUUUUAGGAAUUUUACUGAUGUUUGAAUAUAAUAUACCCAAUUUUAAUAAUAAUAUAUUAUAUCGAAAUACCAAUAUUUAUAACAUUAUGCUUACGUAGUUAUUUAUAACGAUUGUGUUUAAAUACCUAUUGUAAAAUGUUUUCAGAGUAUUAAAAAAUAUAUAAAUAACUUUUUUAUUUGUAUAUAAGGAUGGGAGUGCUUAUUACUUAUGGUGCAAUUAUAACUAUCGUUAAGGCAUCCACACACGACACCAUUAACCGGAGCGACUAUUUUUAUUAUAUUAUUUGAGAUUUUGCUAUGUGUCACGUACUAAUAAAAAAAAUUCGAUGAUAUUACCUACAAGAAUAUGUGCAAUUUUAUAAACAGAGAAAUGCCGUGAUGUGUGUGAAUCGCCUGUAAAUGAAUUAAUACUUAGUGAAUGUAAAUAUUUUUUAUAAGUUAGUAUUAAUUGAUUUGGUAUGAAAUCCUGAGGCGACUGAUAUUAAUCAUAUCGAUAAAACUUAAAGCAAUUUUCAUCAGUAUUAAAAAAUAGAAAUGCUGUAUUAUGAUACUUCCCACAUAUAGAAAUGAAUUUUUGAUUAGGCUCUUAUAUGGUUACUAAUAUUAACAAUAUGACUGAUUUUAUAUAAAACAUUUUACACUUUUAAUAUCAUGAAACAGCAUUUCUAUUUUUAUGAUUCGGUCGACUUAUCUGUUAUUGAAGCCUCAAUAGAUCCAACAGGAUCCGAACUCAAAUCCAAAAGAUCUUAGGUUCGAUCCUCCCGUUGGUUUAUUGUUCUAUUCUUCAAAUCCUUCCAAUAGCUUCACUUAAUUGGAGGAGGAAAAGGAAUAUUAGUCAUGAGACAUGGCUUAUAUUCUUUAAAAUAAAAAUCUUUAUAAAAAUAUUUUUAAAAAGCGCCGCGAUUGUUGUAGACGUCUCUUAAAAUAAUUUUCGCAACAUUGUUUCAUAAAUAAGGACUUGUAGCAAACAAUCGCGACGGUUUUUUUAUCCAGUGUGGUAAUAGUUUUACAUUUUAUCUUUUUUAAUUGUAAUAUAUUUGUUUAGUUUCUAUAUUAGCGUAAAUACGUGUUAUGAGAACCUCGUAAACCAAAGCUUUUCGUAUUAAUUGUAUACAUAUGUGUAAGCUUAAUACUAUUAAGAGUAAUGGUUAAGGUAAAGAGAGAUACGUUGUUGGCACUUAAUUCACAGGACAAUUUUGAGUAGUGCAGGGGUACACAACAAUUUGAUUUGAGCCGUAACAGCCCAGUGGAAUCCUCUUCCUUCGAUUCGGAGGGCGUAGGUUCGUAAUCCAGUUCGUGGUGGAUUAUUAGCCUUAUUCAGGAGACUCGUGCUCAACAGUGAGCCGAAUAUGUUUCGUUGAUGAUAACAUACGAGUAAUAAUUUGAGAUAUCUUAAUAUAAUUACAAAUUAAAAUGGGGCUUACGAUUAAGCUUUUCUUUUCUUAUGAAUAAAUAUGAUGGGCACUCAGAAUUGUUGCCCACCCAGGGCCCCGCGUGUCUUUGCGUUAUAGGAAAAAAAUUGAGGUAGAGCAACAACUUAACACGGUUUUGUGAUAACUGGGCCUUAUCACUCCCUGUUCGACUUAACAGCAUCUGUGUCCGUCCAAAGUUUCCAGUAACUCUGUGGCGAUCAAAGUAUCUACAGAUUUGCUUAUAAAAAAGAAGAAGCUUGCAACAUAUUUCCUUGCGACGAACUAUUGGGAUGUACAUCUACACAUCGAUCGUAGAUCGUUAGAUGGGCCUCAAAGCGUCGCUGAAUUGUCAUUGGUUUCGCACAUUGAGUACGUCAUCACUCGUAACACAUUUCUCUUUAUUCAUGUUGCGGCUUAAGUUUUUACACUUCCAAAAUGAACACGAAGGCAUAAUUAAGGGAUUAAAAUAAAAAAAAAAACAGUAAAUAUUUUUCCACGUCCACUCACAGCAUGCGCUUGUUACGUACUAAGAUACGUGCACGUCUUUGGGUAAUGACAUAAAAUUGUACGUUCUUUAGUAUAGAGGGGCCCAUCUAACUAUUUAUAUCGAUGCAGCUACACAUAAUUGUAAUCAAAAAACAUUGUGUUCCUUAAUUAAGUCAACACACUGAUCAAUAAGCAGUGAACCUUGAACAGUGAAGAAGCAUUGCUGACUAUAGUCUGGCAAGUUCGUUGAUGACGGUCUCAUGAUAUGCGGGCGACGGGGGGACACUGCGCGGGUGCGAAAUCGUGCGUGCGGGGAAGUGAGGUGCAACACGUGGGCUUUACAUUCAUCGCUACACGCCCCCCAGCCUAUCGGGAGUGUUACGAACGAUGUUGCCAAGCUAUGUAAGCACGUUAUGUAUCAUUUAUCUACCACGUGCUUAACAAUAUCUAGGCCCUAACGACUACUUUCUCUGGCAACGAAUGUACGAGUACCAGCACACAAAAUUAACAACAUUAAUUGAAUGCAUAACAUACCUACAUCUUCUCUCUAUCUUAUCUUAACUCUAUUACUACAAUAGUACUGAAUAAUAAGGGCACCCGAGACGAUCAACUGCUAAUAUAAAGGUUAACACUAUUACAUUACACUUUUUGAUAUAGGUAACCUAUACGUUUAUUGAUCGUUUGGUGUCGAUAUUGAAUUACCAUAAAAUUAUAUGGAGAUUUUUUUUGGUAUAUUAUUGAAAAGUUCAAGUUGUUUUUAGUUUAAAAUCUAUAUCUAUAUUCUAUACUAAUAUAUAAAGCUGAAGAGUUUGUUUGAUUGAACUCGCUAAUCUCAGGAACUACUGGUCCGAUUUGGAAAAUUCUUUCAGUGUUAGAUAAACCCAUUUGUCAAAAAGGCUAUAAGUAUAUUAUCCCCGUUUUCCGACGGAAACGUGAACCACGCAGAUAUAACCUCGCGGCGUCAGCUAGUCUACAUAAAAUCAAUAACCAUUUACUUUCUUUUUACAUAUGUAAUAAUAUCACGACAAAUCAUACGUCUUGCGGAAACUUUAUUAGACGCAGCAUGGCAUUUGAUCGUCUCGGUGUCUCUUUUAUUAUGAGUAUAGUUGAUAAAUAUAUUCAAUUAUAUCUAAAUAAGGAGUUCUAUUGACAUUAUUAAGAAUAACUAGAUGUAUGCGGGGACGAAUUGACCCAAGACAAUAUAUAAGUUUUGACCAAAUAUACAGCCAAAUAUUUGGUUAAAUGCAUUCGAAUUCGAUGAUAAUAUUAUUGAUGUUAUUACCUUAUAAUGUAUCAAUUACGGUAAACGAUGUAUGUAAGUGUUUUCUGAAUAAAGAGUACGGAAAAAUAA